UGGCAACUGAACAGAUUUGCCUAUAAAUAACAUCGUUCGGACAGUAUUUAGCGUUAGUCAAAUUUUAUUUUUUGAACAAUACACUCUGUCCACAAUGAAAAUUUUCCUUGUUGUUCUUGCCCUUGUUGGAGCUGUCCUAGCUGAAGAAUGGGUACCAAAGAAGUUGAAUGAUAUCAAAGAAAUUCGUAGCGAAUGUUUGGUCUCCAACCCAUUGUCCGCAGAUCAAUUGACAGCCAUGAGGAACUUAGUGUACCCCGACGAAGAAGCCGUUCGUGAAUACCUUCUCUGUGUUUGUAAAAAAUGGGAAAUUUUCUGCGAACAUGAAGGAUGGCAUGUAGACCGAAUUGUUAAACAAUUCAAACUGUCAUUGGACGAAGCUGAAGCUACCCGCAUUGCUGAAGGUUGCGCCGACAAAAAUGAACAAAAGAGCAGUGCUGCUGCUUGGGUAUACCGUGGACACAAGUGUUUGAUGGCCAGCAAGAUCGGAGAUGAAAUUAAGGAAUUCAUGAAGAAGCAAUUGGCUAAGAAAGCUUAAACUAAAUUUGUGUUAAUGUGAAGACUGAAUUUUUAAUAACUGCUACAGUAAAAUAAUAAAAUA